UUUUUUUCUCAUAAAAAUUCUAUGUAAUAUUUGGUGUCUGACCAAGUGGUUGGUAGAGCAUCCUUAUUGACUACUUUUAGAGAUCAGAAAUGUAAGAUAUAACAGUAGCCACUUGCAUUCUACAUGGUAACAUGUAGUUCCUGAUGAUCUUCACUAAAUUUUACCAUCCCUCCUAUAAAUUCCGAGAUCAUUCAAAAUAAUUUGAGUGCAUUACUCAUCAGGGAUGCUGGAGGUACAUUUUAAGUUUUAAUAAUAAAUGCUAGAAUGACCAAAUUGCAGACUAAUUAUUUCCAUAUUGUACUUAAAAUUAGUUUUUAAAAAUUAUUUUAAAAAAAGAUGACUAUAUACAAUCAAUGCUAUUUAUUGUACCUCUGGGCCUACUCUUCCAAAAAUUGAGCUUAUCAAUUUUUCUCUGUCAAGCUUGAACUAAUGUAAAUAAUCGAAAUAAUGUAAAGUUAUAUUUUCAUGUUUUUAUAGAUAUGACAUGACAAGAACAUAUAAUGUAAGAGUAUCUCAAGUGUGGAUAAUGUUGAUUGGCUAACACAGAGCUCAGUCUUAGGCAGUAAAACCUAGUUCAAUAUCCAUGUAACAAUGCAUCAGUAUAUUGCUGUAUACAUGUGUCUGUGCAUAGAAGUGAUAAAUGCUCAAAUAAGAGUGGUGACAGCUAUCUCAAGGUUUUUUUUAAUUCAUUUUAUAUAAACUGUUAUGGAAAGACCAAAAUAAUUAUGAACUAUUCUUAUGUAAAUUUACAAUUGUCCUUUAAUGUACAUUUUGUUUACAGUAUAGUACCUUAUUCUCUGCUGUGUUAAGUGGGUGUCGUACUUCAAGGAGACAAACACUUUCUACAACUUCUAUUGAAGAAACUGGGAUUUCCAAUUUUUUCAUGUGUACUAUGUCAGAAAAUGCUUUUGAUUUUAUUUUUAAAUCUAACAUCUGAUGGCUUUUUCAGAGUGUUGUGGAAACUUCAGUCAUACAUAAAAUAUGUUCUUAUAAAACGCCAACAUCUUUUUAUUCUGUUUUUCCUCAAUGGUACAUCAAUCUAAUAAUGAGAAAACAGAAAGUGUAUCUUAUAUUCUUCCCAAAUAAAUCUAGAUGUUUGUAGUGAAGGAGGGCAUCUCUGCUCAGUUUGUCAGAAAAGUAUGAUAGAGUCAAGGCAGAAUGUCUUUUUAAUUUAAAUGAAGAGAAUUGGUAGUUGUGGUACGUCAUGCUCCUUAAGCGCUUUGGACAUAGAGAGAAAUGUGGCAAUUGAUUAAAUCACCAAUUCUGCAUA